AAUUCCCGACAGGUCGUGCGCUGGAGCCGUGGAGGCUGCUGGGAGAAUGGGUCUCCUUCGCUCUUCCCCAAUUGUGUGGGGCAGUUAGGGACCCGGGCGUCGCUGCAAAACCGAAGUCGCCGAGUGAUGAUGUUGUGAAGUCGCUCGCCUGUCUCUGCCACGCCCGGGCGGUUACUGGCAGCGGCGGCCGCUUCGGCUGCAGCUCUCAGGCUGCUACCGGUUUAGAUCCUUUCCCUGAGGGAGCGCGGGCGGAGGACGGAGGACGUCGGGGCAUUCCUGUCAUGACUCGCCAGAGUAUGAUAAUCACAUGAGAGCACUCAUUGCUACAGAUGUCAUUUGACUCAUCAGAAAAAAUCUGUUUAAGAGAAAAUAUCUAUACGACCAGAUCCAUUUCAUUAUUGAAUGGCUUGAUGGAUUUCCUUUACUCUGAUACACACCAAAGCUGUCCUUAUCAACCAAAGCAAGAAAGGAUCCUGCAUGAGUCAAUCACAGAAUGCCAUUUUUACAUCACCAACAGGUGAAGAAAACCUCAUGAAUAGCAAUCACAGAGACUCAGAGAGUAUCACUGAUGUCUGCUCCAAUGAGGAUCUCCCUGAAGUUGAGCUGGUAAGUCUGCUAGAAGAACAGCUACCCCAGUAUAAGCUAAGAGUGGACUCUCUAUUUCUAUAUGAAAAUGAAGACUGGACUCGGUCCCCACACCAGCAGCAGCAUGCAUCUGAUGCCCUCUCUCCAGUCCUUGCUGAAGAGACUUUCCAUUAUAUGAUUCUAGGCACAGACAGGGUGGAGCAGAUGACCAAAACUUACAAUGACAUCGACAUGGUUACACACCUCCUGGCAGAGAGGGAUCGUGAUCUGGAACUAGCUGCCCGAAUUGGACAGGCUCUCUUAAAACGGAACCAUGUCUUGUCUGAGCAGAAUGAAGCUCUGGAGGAGCAACUGGGACAAGCCUUUGAUCAAGUUAAUCAACUGCAGCAUGAGCUGUCCAAGAAAGAUGAAUUACUUCGAAUUGUCUCUAUUGCCUCUGAAGAGAGUGAAACUGAUUCCAGCUGUUCUACACCUCUUCGGCUCAAUGAGUCCUUUAGCUUAUCUCAAGGUUUGUUGCAGUUGGACAUGCUACAAGAAAAACUCAAGGAACUGGAAGAGGAGAAUAUGGUUCUUCGAUCCAAGGCUUGUCACAUAAAGACAGAAACUAUUACCUAUGAAGAGAAGGAACAACAACUUGUCAAUGACUGUGUUAAAGAACUUCGUGAAACAAAUGCUCAAAUGUCCAGAAUGACUGAAGAAUUAUCUGGGAAGAGUGAUGAACUGAUUCGGUACCAAGAAGAGAUCUCCUCUCUCUUGUCUCAAAUUGUUGAUCUUCAGCAUAAAGUUAAAGAACAUGUGAUUGAGAAGGAGGAACUGAGACUUCACCUACAAGCUUCCAAAGAUGCCCAAAGACAACUGACAAUGGAGCUGCAUGAGUUACAAGACAGGAAUAUGGAGUGUCUGGGAAUGUUACAUGAGUCCCAAGAAGAAAUAAAGGAACUUCGUAGUAGAUCUGGCCCUGCUGCUCAUCUUUACUUUUCACAGUCAUAUGGAGCUUUUUCUGGGGAAUCCCUGGCAGCUGAGAUUGAGGGGACCAUGCGUAAAAAGUUGAGUUUGGAUGAGGAAUCUUCUCUCUUCAAACAAAAAGCCCAACAGAAACGGGUAUUUGAUACUGUCAAGGUUGCCAAUGACACACGGGGCCGCUCUAUCCCAUUCCCAGCUCUGCUGCCCAUUCCAGGGUCCAACCGUUCAAGUGUCAUCAUGACAGCAAAACCUUUUGAGUCUGGUUUGCAACAAACAGAGGACAAAACCCUCCUGAACCAGGGGGGCAACUCAGAAGAAGUUUCAGAGAACAUUCAGAAGCUGGGUCAACCAGGACCCUCUGAAGAUAGUGAUUUGGCUACAGCACUGCAUCGCCUUAGUCUGCGGCGACAGAACUACUUAAGUGAGAAGCAGUUCUUUGCUGAAGAAUGGGAACGGAAGAUCCAGGUUCUGGCUGACCAGAAAGAAGGGGUUAGUGGCUGCGGCACCCCCACAGAGAGCCUUGCCUCUCUGUGCACCGACCAGUCAGAGAUCACAGACCUCAGCAGUGCCAGUUGCCUUCGAGGUUUUAUGCCUGAGAAAUUACAAAUUGUCAAGCCCCUUGAAGGAUCACAAACUUUGCACCACUGGCAGCAGCUUGCUCAACCAAAUUUAGGAACCAUUCUUGACCCACGACCAGGUGUCAUCACUAAAGGCUUUACCCAAUUGCCCAAGGAUGCCAUCUAUCACCUCGCAGAUUUAGAAGAGGAUGAAGAGGAAGGUAUCACUUUUCAAGUGGAACAGAACCCUUCAAUAUCCAAGCCAGUAACAGGAAUCUUCCUUCCACCCAUUACUUCAGCUAGUGGUCCAGUUACAGUUGCAACUUCAAACCCAGGAAAGUGUCUGUCAUGCACAAACUCGACAUUCACCUUCACUACCUGUAGGAUAUUGCAUCCUUCUGAUAUCACUCAGGUUACCCCCAGUUCUGGGUUCCCUUCAUUAUCCUGUGGAAGUACUGGUAGCAGUUCAUCAAACACAGCGGUGAAUUCUCCUGCUAUGUCCUAUAGACUCAGCAUUGGUGAAUCUAUUACCAACAGACGAGAUUCUACUAUAACAUUCAGCAGCACCAUGAGCUUGGCCAAACUUCUACAGGAACGAGGCAUUUCUGCUAAAGUGUAUCACAGCCCAAUUUCAGAGAACGCCGUCUUCCAGCCUGUCCCCAAAUCCCUGGCUAUUCCUUCCACACCACCAAAUUCACCAUCUCACUCACCCUGCCCUUCUCCUUUACCCUUUGAGCCUCGAGUGCAUCUCUCUGAAAAUUUUUUGGCCUCCCGACCAGCUGAAACAUUCCUCCAGGAGAUGUAUGGUUUGAGACCUUCCCGGAACCCUCCUGAUGUUGGCCAGUUGAAGAUGAACUUAGUGGACAGGCUGAAGAGACUGGGGAUAGCCAGAGUAAUCAAAACCCCUAAUGCACAGGAAAAUGGAAGAAGCCGAGAGGCAGAAAUUGGUCUUCAAAGACCAGACUCUGCUAUUUAUUUAAAUUCAGGUAGCAAUUUAUUGAGUGGACUGAGGAGGAAUCAGAGUCUUCCAGUCAUGAUGGGUAGCUUUGGCACGCCUGUAUGCACAUCCUCGCCAAAAAUGGAUGUCCUGAAGGAAGACUGA